GCGCAUUCUGCGCAGGAUUAAGAAACGGAUUUCGAAAUCAAGACGAGCGAACCCUGCCUCGACGAAGGAUGACAGUCCCUCGGCGACCGAUGUCGGUCUCAGGCUGAAAGAGAACAUCUCAGGCGCUCCGCGCCUUCCGCCGGAACUAGAACGAGAGAUAUUCGAGAUGGUAGUCCGCUGCGAUUGGGUAGAAGACUGGAGCCGCAAUAGUGUGUGGAGCAUGACGCUUCUUCUGCCUCUGGUCUGCCAGCGGGUUCGGCAAUGGAUUGAGCCACUUAUCUACAGGAAGAUCUCCAUAUUGCAGCCACACAACGGAGCACCGACCGAGGCGCUCUUCCUUCGGACCUUGGCCUCCCGACCGCCGUCCUUCUUCGCCGCGCACGUGCGCACACUGUACUUCCACCACGGCAUCGAGUCACACGUCAUACAGCGCGCGCUGGAGGUCUGCACCAACGCGUCGGACGUCGCGUGCAGCAGCACCUACGCCGCGCUCGCGCACUUGCUCUCCCCGUUCCCGAUCACCCGCCUACUUGUGGCCGACGUCGAGGGCCUUACGGCAGACUCUGCGCCGUGGUGCAGAAACAUCACGCACCUAGGACUCAGCGCGCGUCUGUCUGCGCAUCCGGAGUCCCUUCUCACCACCUUCCCGUCGCUGGCGUACCUCGCCGUCGAGUGGGCCGCGGUCUCCACACCCGACGAGAGCGCUGCUGCUGCCGUGAUCCGCGGCCUGAUGGCGGCACAGGAUUCGCAACUCCGCAUGCUUGUGCUCGUGACGGAGACGAAGACGGAUUAUCGGUGGGCCAUACAGAACCUGAAGGAGGCCGGUUUUGAUUUGAAGGCCGCGCGGUUCCAUCUGCAUCUGAGGCCUGUGUUUGAUGCGACGUGGGAUUGUUGGCCGAGGCGGGAUUCGGACUUAUUCGCGGAGGCAGAGGCCAGUGCCAUACAGGGACUCUGAGUUGAGUAGUACUGGAUGAGCUCCAACUUGAAGGAUGCACGGUGCCAUGGCAUCAUAUGAUGCGAUCAGUUCGAGCUCAAUGGGCCAAGUCUACUCAUCCACAUCUACUUACAAUUUUGAGUCCGUUCUCCUGGCCAAGAAACUAGGCUUUUGUGAAACUCUCACUAAAUUGGAUUUUCUGUCAAACAAGAUUCGGAGCGCCCAG